AUGUCGGCAAACAGGAGCGAGAGGACCGGAAGUGCCAAAAAGAAUAGCGCUGUUAAUAGACUUUCUGAUGGAGAAUCAGCCAUGUUGUUUGAAACAAGCGAAGAUGUCAAGAUCAUCACUAGUUUUGAUCAGAUGGGUCUGAAGGAAGACUUGCUCAGAGGCAUCUUUGCUUAUAACUUUGAAAAACCAUCUGCUAUUCAACAAAGAGCGAUCGCACCCAUUCUAAAAGGAAGAGAUGUGAUUGCUCAGGCACAAUCUGGAACUGGAAAAACUGCAACAUUUUCCAUUUCUGUGCUUCAAACCAUUGAUACCACUCGGCGUCAAACUCAGGCACUUAUUCUUUCACCUACUCGUGAACUUGCAACUCAAAUUCAGUCAGUUGUACUUGCACUUGGUGACUACAUGAACGUACAAUGCCACGCCUGUAUUGGUGGAACAUCGAUUGGUGAAGAUAUUCGCAAACUGGAUCAUGGACAGCACGUUGUCUCUGGAACUCCCGGUCGUGUUUUUGACAUGAUUAAACGUCGUAAUCUUCAAACUCGUGAUAUCAAGAUGCUAAUUCUUGACGAGGCUGAUGAAAUGCUUUCCAAAGGAUUCAAGGAACAAAUCUAUGAUGUAUAUCGCUAUUUACCUCCUUCAACUCAAGUAGUGAUUCUUUCUGCUACACUUCCACAUGAUGUACUAGACAUGACGUCCAAGUUUAUGACUGAUCCUGUUCGUGUGCUUGUCAAGCGUGACGAACUUACACUUGAAGGCAUCAAACAGUUUUUUGUUGCUGUAGAGAAAGAAGAGUGGAAAUUCGAUACUUUGUGUGAUCUUUAUGAUACUCUGACCAUCACUCAAGCUGUAAUCUUUUGUAAUACCCGUCGCAAGGUUGACUGGCUUACUGAAAAAAUGCGCGAAGCCAACUUUACUGUAGCAGCAAUGCACGGAGAAAUGCCACAAAAGGAACGUGAUGCAAUUAUGCAAGAGUUUCGUUCUGGUGCUAGUCGUGUCUUGAUUACAACUGAUGUGUGGGCACGUGGAAUUGAUGUUCAACAAGUAUCUUUGGUGAUCAAUUAUGACCUUCCUAGCAAUCGUGAAAACUAUAUUCAUCGUAUUGGUCGAUCUGGACGUUUUGGUCGCAAGGGUGUUGCAAUCAACUUUGUCAAGAACGACGAUGUCAAUAUUCUACGCGAUAUCGAACAGUACUACAGUACUCAGAUUGAUGAGAUGCCCAUGAAUGGUACGUAUACUUGCUGGUCGUUCAAGCAGUACGCUAUAUCAAGUAUUUUAACUUGCUUUGCUUAUUACACUUUUUUAAAUAGUGUCAGAUCUGGUUUAAUAUUUACAACUUGA